CUUCCGGGAUGUUUUUGUGACGUUGCACCAGACAACAUGGCGGCUUCCUUUACUCUCCAGUCCUCCGUGCUCCGCAGGGCGCUGUAUGGGGCUUUCAGCCUGCAAAGACCAGCAACGGGAGCUUCUACCUCCUCCGCCGGGAUCCGGUUUUUCAGCAACGCUGCUCCAGGUGAAAAGCAGCCCGUGAUAUUAGAGUCUACGGAGGAAUACAAAUUCGUAGAGCGGCUCAUUCCUCCUUCACGAGUCCCAGCACCGCCCAAACACGCCGGGCCCACCCCGUCUGGCUGGACCCCUCCGGCUGAUACACCGCCGCCUUUGCCGUAUAUGAUCCGUCGCUCCCGCAUGCACAACAUACCGGUCUACACCGACCUAACCCAUGGCAAUAGGAAGAUGACGCUAAUACGGAAAGUGGAGGGGGACAUUUGGGCUCUGGAAAAAGAUGUGAAGGAGUACCUGAAGGAGGUUACGGGAAAAGAGCUGCCCACACAGGUCAACGAGGUCACCAUGACCCUGAAGGUCAAAGGUCACUUUGACAAGGAGCUGAAGGAGUGGUUGGGCGGCAAGGGCUUCUGACCCCGGAAUUCCAGGAGAGCCACAGCAUCUUCCUUCAGGACCAGACAGCUGUGCGCAUAAAGACUCUGAGGAUGUCAGAAAACAUCAGAGAUCGUCCCACAUGAAGACUUUCUCUUUUCUACCAUUUGACUGAACUCUAUCACAGAUUUAUGGGUUCAGACAGUUGAACAUGUACAUAAGUGUGUGUAAUGAAUGUCAAAUUUAAAAGCA